UCGCAAGAAGGCAGGACAUCUGCGUGUAAGUAGCUAAGUUCAGCUCAGGUACAGCUGAGCAGGAGGACGGAUGUCUGCGUCUUGGAUUUGAAGGAUCAGAGCAAACCAAAAGAUGUCGUCUCCUCCUCCAGUGGUACCAAGAAAGCCUGCAGGUGGUCGAGCACUCAUCCCUUCUGGUGGGCUGCCCAUCCACAAAGAUGCUGCCAGAGAGAAUGGUGUAAGUGGGAAGUGGAAUCAUAUGGCUCUGCUGAAUGCAGAAAGAGAAGUGGAGAUCCUGAACCACUGCUUUGACGAUGUGGAAAGAUUUAUGAAACAUUUGCAGCAGGCGGCUGAGGCCAAGAGUGUUCUCAACCAAACCAAAAAAAAGAGAAGCACAAAAAGAAAGAAGAAGGACAACCAGAAAGAUGAUAUGUUGACUAUGAAAGCUCGCCCCCCAUCUGAGGAGGAUUUUGUGGAUCUUUUCCAGAAAAUCAAGUACUCCCUCUGUCUGCUGGAUCGUCUCAAGUCUUCCAUCUAUCAGCCAGAUGCUCCAGAGCUGCUGCACCACAUCUUUCUGCCUCUCGGACUGAUUGUGAAAACGACGGGAGGUCCAGCAUUAGGGGCCUCUGUGGUCAGCCCAGCUAUGACCAGCGGAGCUGUUUCACUGCUCCAGGAGCACCUGACCGACGAGGAGAAGACGCUGUGGACGUCUUUAGGAACCAACUGGACUUCACCCUGCUCCAACUUCAGUGCAUCUGUUCCACCGUACUCUCCUGUCUUCUCGGAUGGGUGGCAGCCUCAGGCCUACGACUCGGCCGGCCAGCUGUUGGAAGAUCCUAUUCAGCUGCAGCACAAACACGAUGCAUUCAGAGAAGGCAGACAGGCACAAACUGGACAGGAGCAGGCUGGGUCUACAGCAGAAGGUCACGGGGAAGGCCCUGAUGAAGGAGAUAACAGUGGACAUCCACCAGAGGGGGAGAGACUCUACUGCUGCAGCUAUGAUUUUGUGGCCAGAAACAGCAGUGAACUCUCUGUGCUUCAUGGAGAAACACUGGAGGUCAUUGAAUCAUCGAAGCGUUGGUGGAAGUGUCAGAAUCGCUUUGAUGAGAUAGGAUUUGUUCCCUCUAAUAUCCUAGAGCCUCUGUCUGCUCUAAACGGCACGGAGAGAAACAAUUCAGUGGUUCGAACAGAGUCUAAGAAAGUAGCUCUCACUCCUCGGUGCUUCUCAUAUCUUUCAUCAAGCCCAGAUGGGAUGAGUCCUACAGCCAUAAGCACCACACUGCGGCCUCAGAGCCUGAUUCUGCCAUCUACAGCUUCGUCAGGAGAAAUGGCUGAUCGGCUGGCAAUGCGACCUUAUAGCAUGCUUGCAUCGCCUGCAGGAAUGUCGGGAGAAAAUAGUGACCGAGUCCUGAUCAUGAAUGAUGAGCUUCUACAGAAACUGGCUGCAAAGAAAGACUCCAUUCGUCAGCCGGGGGUCCCUCAAAGUCCUGACACCUUUGCCCCCCUGAACUAUCACUCUCCAUCGGCAGAGGUGGAGGCCUGGCUCACCGCUAAGGGCUUCAGUCAGCAGACAAUCCAGAGUCUGGGAAUUUUAACAGGAGCACAGCUGUUCUCCCUAAACAAGGACGAGCUCUGCACAGUAUCACCUGAAGAAGGAGCAAGAGUUUACAGCCAGAUAACGGUUCAACGGGCCUUUCUUGAGGAUGUGCACAAAUCUUCAGAACUAGAAGCAGCGAUGGAAAAGCAAAAGCUGAAGAUUGACCUGAAUGAAGAGAUUGACAUGUGAUUUAGAUAUCAAUAUCCACUAACACAGAUGACACUUCAAAGCUCAUUUGAUUCAAAGGUUAUAUUAAUCUUUCAAGUAUACACGCUGUUAAAUCUUACAUGUGAAUCCAAUUCAGAAAUAGAAGAUGUUCUACUACUGACACUGACAUACAAACCUUGCUGUUUCUGACUUUUCCACGAUUUUAAGAUAACCAUUACAUAUGUUAUUCUUAUUGUUUAGAUUUGAUAAUUUCUAUCAUCAUCUUUCUGACAGCAUUUGUUUGACAUUUUAAGAAUAAACACAUUUAAAUGGACUUGCAUACAACCUAAAAUGGAUACAGUGCUUUAAAACUCAUGAAGUGUCCAUCGUUUCAAAAAUCUUUAACCAGGAGCAGCCAUGUCUGAUGGGGUAAAGUUUCUAUGACUUGUGCAUCAGUCGUUAAGGACAGUUUCUGGUGAUAUGGCAAAGCUGGAUGCUGUUCAAGUCCAAAAACACAUCAAAUAUAUGGUAAAGUUCCACUCUUCCUAAUGUGUUUUUUAGUCAGUUAAAUGUUUCAGAAGGACACUGUUUAUCCUUGUGUAAAACACUACAGUAUAAAAGAUCAGUCCUUUAGUUAGUAAUUAAUUAUUUUUUUUUCUAUAUCUGACAUGGAAGUUCAAACCCCACAUUUAAAAAAAAAAAAAAGAAAAGAAAUGAUACAAACAAAGCUGAUAGUACUUCAACCUACGGAUAACAGGUGGAGGUAAACCAGCAUCAUGCAGAGGUUUGCAGUUAAAAUCAUGUAACUUUAAUAUUUUUUACAGAUUUCUACAAAUGACAUUCACUCAAGGUCAAAUUCCAGGUCUAGCAUCACUCCCAGUUUUGUGCUUAUUUUGAAACAGUCUUUCUAGUAGAUUUAUUCAGAGGUAAGAAGAUUUAUGUUUUCAGCUGCUCUUAUUUAUUUCAUAUAAAUAAACACCAUUAAAAAAUUAAAUAAAAAAUAAUUUCAUGGCAGAGUUCAAGUACAUUGUUACAUUUGUUUCAUGUAUUUGUUCAUUUUGAAAAAUAAAAUGAAAAACGUAUCUAACCAUCAUACAGCAGUUACAGAGGUGUAACAUAAAACAAAUAAAAGAUGUAGUAUGUAGAUGUAGUGAAAAAUAACACCAAAAACUGACAUUAUGGAAAAAAGUUUGUUAGAUUAAAGGCACCCUUUUUAGGCUUGUAGUGAUUAGUGACUGCAGUCCCAGCUUUUUUAAGUCUGUCCUUCCUCUCCUGCACUGCAUUUAUGUACAGUUUUUAUACCUGAUCUGAAGCCCUUGCUUAGAUUUUUGUUUCCUAAUCAAAGAUUUAAAACACUGAUUUCCCAGUCCCAAUUAAACGCAACACUAAGUUUGUUUUGUCAGAAGAGGUUGUUUGAGAAGAGAUUGCAGUAAGUUACACAUAUAGUAAGUACUAGUAAUUAAUUAAUCUGUUACUUUAAAUCGUUUAUAUUUUAAGAAACAAACAAACCUUCACACAUGUAGCUGUGUGGUUGAAUUCUACAUGGAGAUCCAUUUACUGCCACAUAGUAUACGUGUGUGUAUAAGAUAGAGAAGGGGCUGAUCCAAUCCAAUAUCGGAGUACUGGGGGCUGAUACUGGAAUAAUACACUUAUCACAUAUACAGUAUCAGACCUUUAAGUUUUUACUGUUGCAAGAAGCCUGCUUGAUUUAUCAUAUUCAAAUGAAGCACUGUUGUUUUUUACUUAACCGAAGGGUUGACUAAUGUAGGUGUAUAUUUUUUACUACAACUUUUGAACUGCAAUUUAAAAACUAAAAAUAACAUCGAGCCCCAAAUCCCUUCCCUUAUUUGGAUAUUGAAAUCACUAUUUGUUGUCUAGAGGUACAGUAUACAUUGGGAUUGUCUCAUAACUGAGAAAAAAGGGGAUAGGUGCAUCCCUGGUAUAAUUAAGUAAUGUCAACUGACUGCUUCUUUAAAAGUUCUAUGUGCUUGAAAAUAAGAAGAAACCAUGGAGAACAGGUGUGUAUCUGUAGAGAAAUACACGAAUGCACACUUCUACUGGGUCUUAAGACAUAGUUGAGAAGAAUUCAACAUUACUCACUCUGUUAACUUCUUUGAAUAUUUUACAUUGUAUAAUUUCUUAAUAUUUAACUGUUAAACAUUUGCAAUAAU